AUGAAGAACUACGAUUCGACAGUAUCGACUGAAGUCAAUGGACUGUCACUCUUAUUUCUGUCGAGCGCUGAAAUAAAGUCACUGUCGUGUUCAGAAAUUAAAAAUGCAGGAAGAAUCGAUCACGAAUCUGCAGGGAAGUCGUGUAUUUAUGAUCCAUCAAUGGGAUCAACGGAGAUCUACAGACUCUGCUCGACGUGUAAUGAAAUGACAAACUGCGAUGGACAUUUAGGUCAUAUCAGCUUUUCAAUACCGUUGUUUCACCCAAUGAUGAUAAAUACUCUUUGCAAACUCCUUAAGACGGUGUGUUUCUACUGUGGAAGAUUUAAGUUCAAAUCCAAUACAUGGUUCGAUUUUUUAUUGCUUUUCGAAACUGCACAGAGAGGAGAUCUAGAGGACUUGAUUAUUCUAGACCAAAUCCUAACACUGGAAUCAGAUGACCAUGAAAUCAAGGAUGUCAACCCAGCACAGCAACUAAGAGAUAAAAUAAUUACAGAAAUCACAGAAAGAUUUAAUAGAAAAAGAAAUCUUUUGAUGACUGAAAUCAAAGAAAAAAAAAGUGAAUUUUUAGAUUAUUUUACAGAAAUGGACCACGAUUCGAAUAUGUGGAAUGAGAUAAGAAAUCGGUUCUUUAAUAAAACAUCGCAGAAGUUUUUCUGCAAUGAAUGUAGUCAAAAGGGCAAAAUUAUGAUAAAACCAUCUUCGGAUUUAUCAUAUAUUGAAGUAUCAUGGCCACAAAAUCAUGAUCGACCAAACCUUAUUAAGAGCUUUAAAAGAUUUAUUGAAGAAGAUUAUGGUGGAGAUGUAAAUUAUAAUACUAGUGAAACUGUAAAUAGCAAAAAUUUUGAGGAAGAAAAGAUGAUUGAACUGACAAACAAAGUGAACGAAGAUAUAAUUUCAUGUUCACUGAAGAGUCUAAACCAGACAGGAAAGUCAGUUAACACGGUACAUUUGCAAUCGUUCCAUCUAUAUCCAUAUCUAGAUCAUUUAUUCAGAGUUUAUUCGAGACUUUUAAACCAUGUGUUUCCACAGUCGAUCGUGCUCGGACAUAAAAUAUUCUUCAUGGACUGCAUGGGAGUGUCAGCUAACAGGUUCAGACCACCGCUAGUAACCACAGAUAAACAAAUUGUACUACACUCAAGAUCAACAGCACUACUAGAUAUCGUGAUGGCAAAUGAGUUUGUAAAACUGUUUCUUCAGUUUAAAUAUGAUGAAGCAAACUAUAACGAUAAUGGCAGUGAUGUUAGUGAACAGCUGAAUGGAGGUAAUCAGGAAGUUAAAUCUAAAACUUUAAAACUGAGCCUUGUGGAGUAUCUGUCGAAAAUGAACUAUAAAAUCGAUGAGAAACAGUUGGAACAAUUCGAGAGCUACUUAAAGGACUAUAAAGACCUGAAUGAAGCGAUCAGAGACCAGAUAUUGAACUUGCAGAAAAAACUCUCAUCAUACAUGGAUAACGGUAACCCGAGACCAGGAGUAAAACAGACAAUGGAACAUAAAACAGGAACAGUUAGACAAAAUAUGCUAGGGAAAAGAGUAAACUAUUCAGCUCGAACAGUAAUAGCACCGGAUUGCUUUAUAGAUACAAACCAGAUGGGAAUGCCAUUAAAGUUUGCAUUGGAACUAACAGUGCCAGAAUAUGUAACUAAAUAUAACGUAAACUUUCUGAGAAAACUAGUAAUUAAUGGACCAAAGGUAUACCCAGGAGCUAAGAUGCUUAGAGAUACAAACGGAAAGAUUUACAAUUUGUCAGCACUAAGCUAUAAUGAGAGAGUAGCAAAGGCAAAAUUACUGUUAGUGGGCUUAUCGGAAGGAAAUGCAACAAAAAUAGUCUACAGACACAUACUUGACGGAGAUGUAGUAUUAAUGAACAGACAACCAACAUUGCAUAAACCGGGAAUUAUGGCACAUUUUGUAAAGAUACUAACAAACCAGAAGAUUUUCAGACUUAAUUAUGUAAACUGUAGUACAUAUAACGCAGAUUUCGAUGGAGAUGAGAUGAAUUUGCAUCUUCCACAAGAUUAUUUGUCGCAAUCAGAAGCACAACUAAUAGCAAAUGCAGAUUGUCAAUUUGUAGUACCAAAAAAUGGACAACCAAUAAGAGGAUUGAUCCAGGAUCACUGCCAAGGAGGAGCACUACUUACAAGCAGAGAUACAUUUUUUACGAAAUCUGAGUUCUUUAACUUGGUAUAUUUAUCAUUCAACUCUUUUGUAAGCACAAAUUCGUUAAUGUACCUGAGUAACCAGGAUUUACAUUUUGUGGAAGAGGAUAUUAAAUUGGAUGUACAGUUGCACCAAUUGGUGAAAAGAUUAAAGGUUUUAUCUGAUCCAUUCUCACGUAAAAUAACUAAUCGAAACAUUAAAAUAUAUCUUGACCAGCCAGCAAUAUUGUACCCAAAACAACUAUAUACAGGGAAACAGGUUAUAACAUGUGUGUUGAAAACACUAAUUGAUAAUAUUUCGGUUGGUUUGGGAGACACUGAUAAUAAUAAAUACAAUGGAAUUAACCUGCAAUCUAAGUCCCAAACACCAGGAGACGCAUGGGGAGGAUCGUAUGAUGGAGAUAAGGAGGAAUCGACAAUUAUAAUUAGAAAUUCAGAAUUAUUGCAAGGAGUGCUCGACAAGUCACAGUUUGGAGCAAGCUCAUACGGACUUACACACCUGAUCUAUGAACUCCUUGGACCGAGAGUGUGUGGGAUGCUGUUAAAUAGCUUUUCAUACCUGUUUACAUCAUUUUUGCAAAUGAGAGGAGCAACAUGCAGUCCGAAGGAUUUCUUUCUUACUGAAACAGCAGAAUCUGAGCGUAAUAAAAUACUAAAAAGGAUAAAAUAUGCAGGUAUCCACUUACAGGAGCUGUUUAUCUCACUGUCGAGAAACACGAAUAAUAUCCCCCCGAACACUAACGGUCAUGAUAACGGAAAUUACAACGAAAAUAAAAAGCUGUUGAAUGAAUUGGUAUCUGAUUUUAAGUUGUUUUAUGAUAACGUUAAGAACUAUAUGUCUGAAAUGAAGUUUGAGGAUCUGGAUGAUUUGGGUUCCUUUCGUUCAUUCGUCAAGGCCCUUUUAAAUGUAUUUUCGUCAAUUUCAAACUCUAAUAAUAGAAAUGUUAAUGAAGCCAUUAGGAAAUACAUGUGCAAGCUAAUUGAAAGAUGCUCAAAGGUUACUAGACUUAGGAAUUUGCUUCUACAAUAUCUGUUACGUUUGCCACCUGACUCUAAUUUGAAGCUGGUUCAGCUAAAAUUCCCAAAUUGGUUGGCACAGUAUUCAGAUCUAGAUAAAACUGAACCUAAACAAAAUCCUAUAGAAAAUUUUAUGGAAAAUUAUGCAGAAUUAUCGAAUUCAUUGAAUAAAAAUGGAUUAAAGAAUGGGAAUAACGGAGCAAGUUACAAGUUGGGGGACUCAUAUACAACAUGCAUGAAGUUUUAUAAAAUGGUGUGUAACAGCCCAAGAGAGAAUCAUCUUCUAUCAACAUUUGAUAGGUUCUUCCAGAAUAACAUAGUUUCAGUGUCUAGUAGUAUUAACGAACUAGUGGACAGCACAGUAGUCAAAUUCCCAAAAAAUGGAUUUGCAACAAUGGUGUCAACAGGAGCCAAAGGAAGUAAGGUCAACUUUGCAAUGAUAUCAUGUGCACUCUCUCAACAGACGUUGGAGGGAAAGAGAGUGCCAGUAAUGCCAUCAGUAAGAACAUUGCCCUGCUUUGCAUUCGGAGAUUUCGGUUCAAGAGCAGGAGGCUUUAUUUCUGACCGGUUCCUAACAGGUCUGAGACCACAGGAGUAUUUUUUCCACUGCAUGUCCGGAAGGGAAGGUUUAGUGGAUACAUGUGUUAAAACCGCAAAGUCAGGAUAUUUGCAAAGAUGCGUUUUGAAAGCAAUGGAAGAUAUAAUAGUGUGCUAUGACUCGACAGUUAGAGAUUCAAACUCUAAUAUAAUACAAUUUAAGUACGGAGAGGAUGGAAUUGACGUGUGCAAAAGCUCUUACCUGUCACAGUUACAUGACCUCCAAGUAAACGAGAUAUACCAGUGGUCGAAUGAUCCAAAAAAUCUAAAAUCAUCGGAUAGUGAUUCAAUGGAUUUGGAUGAACAAGAAGGUGAUUUGGACAAUGGGUCCAGAUUUUAUUUGAGAAAUUCUAAAACUGGUGUGUACAAUAAAAAUCGUGAAACGGAUAGUAAUUUUAAAGCAUAUUUCGAGAGGUGUAAGUGUGAUCCUGGAGAAGCUGUGGGAUGUAUAGCAGGUCAGUCUAUUGGAGAGCCAGCAACCCAAAUGACUCUAAACACAUUUCAUCUGGCUGGUCACGGAGCAGCAAAUGUAACUCUAGGUAUCCCAAGACUCGUGGAAAUUUUACAGAACACAUCACACUGCUCCACGCCCUACUUCUCAGUUCCAAUUUUGGGAAAAAAUGAAGAUGAAAUUGCUGAAAACGCAGAAAACGCCAUAAAUGCACUCAGGAAAAUUUACCUUUCAGACAUUGUUCAAUCGGUGGGCAUGGAGACUAACGUAUACGUCAACAAGAACUCUGAGAAGGAGUGGGAAUACUCAGCAACAAUACAAUUUGACGAUUUUAACUUAUUUAGGAAAGUUAUUGGGCACUUCGAUACGAGCGAUAUUAUUAAAGUCUGUUCACACAGUUUAAUUAAAUCGUUUAUGAAAAGAGUCUUGGGACAGAUGAUAGUAACAAUGGACAUCAACGUCCCAUUUGAGCUUUCAGAUAAGACAGACCAGCUGGAGGAGUUUUGGAACAUGUUUGUAAUGGAGAAGCAGAUUGUAAAGAGGGAUAAGCUGUCUACGAGAAUCAGGAAGAUGAUAUUAUCAAGUGGUUCAUCUAGUGAUAUUCCAAAGGGAGUUGGCGGGCAAGAUAUUACAGAUACUGUAUUUCCUUCCUUAGAAGAUUCUGUAUGUGAUUCUCAUGGGGGAGAUGAAGAUGAAGAUAGUGAAGGAGGAACUGAAUCUUCAGUAGAGGAAUCAGAAGUAGACGAGGAAGUUGGGGAAGAAGAAGAUGAAGGACAUGGGGAAGAAGAACUACAAGAGGAAGAACAGGAAAAGGAAGAUGACCUUGAUGAGGAAGAAGAGGGUGAAGAAGAAUUUGAGGUUUUGGAUGCUUCACAAUCAUCAUCUGCAACAGUAGAAGACAUCCCUAUGGAUUUAGAUAAGGAAACUGGUGAUCCUAACUUAAUGAAUUUGGAUGAACAGGACGACACUUUGUCCGGUGUGGACGACUUUAAUUCACCAACCCUAUCUCCUACCAGAAUGAGGAAUGAAAGUUCAGGAAUUAAAGAAGGAAAACAAAAAAUUUUCACAAUUAAUAGAAAAGUUUUCCACUUUGCUAAAUCUCUUGAAUAUUCUGAAGAAACAUCCACAAUGGUCUUAAAGUUCGGAUGGCCUGUUAUAAAAUGUCCAUAUUUUCUUGAUCUUCUGCCCCUUCUAAAACAGGAAAUCUCACAACUUGUUCUGAGAGAUUCCUAUGGAAUACGUCAGUCUAGAAUAGUGUUUCAAACUGUAGACGACAAGGAAGAAUACACACUACACUGUGACGGGACUAAUUUGAAGAGAUUGUUUAUGUUAAGGGAGAAUAUUGUCGAUUUUAACCGCAUCAAGAUGAACGACGUGGCUACAGUUUUCAAGUACUACGGAAUUGAGGCUGCACGGUCAUGUAUAGUUUCUGAACUCCAAAAAGUCUUUUCUGUUUAUGGUAUUAAGGUUGACUACAGACAUCUCACACUAAUCGCAGAUUUUAUGACUCAAAAAGGUGAUGUUAGAACUUUUACAAGGUAUGGAAUGGCUAGACACACUUCUCCUUUACUCCAAAUGUCCUUUGAAUCAACAAUGAAGUUUCUCAUGGAUGCUUCUGAGCGUGGUGCUUAUGACAACCUCAAGUCACCUGCCGGUGGUUUAAUGACAGGCAAACCAGUCCAUGUUGGAUCAAGUUUAUGUAGAUUAAUGCACGUUGUUGAUUUAAAAAACACUAAUUCAAAAAAAUUGGUUCAGUUUGAAGAUCAAUACCAAUUUUAG